AUGGAACAAGUAUCAAUGGAGAUGAAGAAAGGACCUUGGAGUCUUGAUGAAGACUCUAAACUCAUCCAUUCCAUCUCCCUAUUUGGACAAGGACGCUGGAAUUCACUCGCUCACGUUGCUGGGUUGAAGCGUAGCGGUAAGAGUUGUAGACUAAGAUGGCUGAAUUAUUUGCAGCCAAAUUUACGACGAGGAAAAAUAACUCCUCAAGAGCAGUUCCUUAUUCUACUCCUUCAUUUUCGCUUCGGAAAUAGAUGGUCAAAGAUAGCAGAAAAUUUGCCUGGGAGAAGCGAUAAUGAUGUUAAGAAUUACUGGAGAACUAAAGUGCAAAAGCAUGCAAAAGAGCUUCAUUGCGAAAUCAAUAGCCAACAAUUUCGACACUUCCUUCUCUAUCAAUGGAUGCCUUCUCUGCUGGCUCAACAAAUACCGACUUCUUCUUCUGAAUUAAUCGUGACGGAGAAUUAUUCUCCCAACAAUAUCAAUAUUUGUCCAAACAUUAAUGUCAUCUCAUCAUCAACGGAUUCAUUCGUAACAGAAGAUGAUAGUAAUAUUUGGAACAACUUGUCUAGUUUUGAAGAUGGAAUUAAUAUUUCUCAUGAUUUUUCAACCCCUUCAGACAUGACACUUUAUAAUUAUUCAUCUCAUGAUGAGGAUGAUCAGUACUACUGUCACAAUUAUUGGGCAAGUGCAGAAAUGCUAAGUUUGGAUGAAAUGGACCUUUGGCUCUAA